AGUGAAUCCACAUGGUACAGGGGCUGGAGAAUAAAGAGUGUGGAGUUGAACUCGUGCCAUUGUAGUGACUCAUCUCGGGCAGAGCGCAGGGGCUCCGAGCGAAGCGACGAGCAAGUGAGCGGCGCUCGGCGGGCCGGGGAGCGAGGGAGAGAGGCGCGGCCGGGCGAGGCGGCCCGUCCGGGAGCAGGCGCCGGGGAAGGGGUGCAGUCGGGCGCCGCAGCGGCGGCACGGGCAGCGGGACCGCGUCCCUCUCAGCGCCGGCUCGGCUGGAACCCCGCGGCCCGGGCGCAGGCUACCUUCUCCCCGCAAGUGUCCGAGCCGCUGCGAAACUCCGGCGGCGAGUCGGCCACAGGAAGUUUAUUCUCAGCUCCUUUUCUAAAAGGAGGAAAUAGAAGUUUCUCCCGGCGGGCAGCCUUUCUUUUCGCCUUUUUUUUCUUUUUGCCCUGUCUGAAAUCGGGGGGCCCCCGGACCUGGCAGGCGCGAUCCGCCGGGCUCUUGUUCUUUUUUCAAUUUCCAGUUUUUGAUCGGGCGGUCUGUCCCGGCUGGGCUCCGGCUGCGCGCGGGAGCGGGAGGGCGCGCGCAGGGGAGGGACCGAGGGACGCGCGGACUUUUAGAGGGAGGGACCGGGUGGCGGUCCCGCGGCGCUCGGAGAGCAGGAAAGAAGUGCAGCGCGAGGCGCUCGGGAGGCACGGUUCCCGGGCUGUCGCCGCCUCCCGUCCGCACCCGCCACCGUCGGGGAGAAGCCCGGGAGCGAAGACUAGAGCCCGAGGCGCGGCCGGCAGGGAGCGAGCGCGCAGCAGCCGGUGCGCGGCCGCGGCGAGGGCGGGGGAAGAAAAACACCCUGUUUCCUCUCGGGCCCCCACCGCGGAUCAUGUACCAGGAUUAUCCCGGGAACUUUGACACCUCGUCCCGGGGCAGCAGCGGCUCUCCUGCGCACGCCGAGUCCUACACCAGCGGCGGCGGCCAGCAGGCUUCAGAGGGAGCUGGCUUAACAAAGAAGGCCACUACAACCUGAAGCCCAUCUCGGUCAGGAUCUGCGGAGUCUCUAGCCAAGUUGGCUGCAGCAAGAGUUGCCCGGAAAUUUCGGGUAGAUAUGCCUGGCUCAGGCAGUGCCUUCAUCCCCACCAUCAACGCCAUCACAACCAGCCAGGACCUGCAGUGGAUGGUGCAGCCCACGGUGAUCACCUCCAUGUCCAACCCGUACCCCCGCUCGCACCCCUACAGCCCCCUGCCGGGCCUGGCCUCGGUCCCUGGGCACAUGGCACUCCCGAGACCUGGCGUGAUCAAGACCAUUGGCACCACCGUGGGCCGCAGGAGGAGAGAUGAGCAGCUGUCCCCUGAAGAAGAGGAGAAACGUCGAAUCCGGAGGGAGAGGAACAAGCUGGCCGCAGCCAAGUGCCGCAACCGCCGCCGGGAGCUGACAGAGAAGCUGCAGGCGGAGACAGAGGAGCUGGAGGAGGAGAAGUCAGGCCUGCAGAAAGAGAUCGCCGAGCUGCAGAAGGAGAAGGAAAAGCUGGAGUUCAUGCUGGUGGCCCACGGGCCUGUGUGCAAGAUCAGCCCCGAGGAGCGCCGAUCGCCUCCCGCCUCUGGGCUGCCGUCCCUGCGUGGUGGGGGCGGUGGAGCGGGCGCCGUGGUGGUGAAACAGGAGCCCCUGGAAGAGGACAGCCCCUCCUCCUCCUCGGCCGGGCUAGACAAGGCCCAGCGCUCUGUCAUCAAGCCCAUCAGCAUUGCUGGGGGCUUCUACGGGGAGGAGCCCCUGCACACCCCCAUCGUGGUGACCUCCACGCCGGCCAUCACUCCGGGCACGUCGAACCUCGUCUUCACCUACCCCAGCGUCCUGGAGCAGGAACCGCCCGCGUCACCCUCCGAGUCCUGCUCCAAGGCUCACCGGCGGAGCAGUAGCAGCGGGGACCAGUCGUCAGACUCCUUGAACUCCCCCACUCUGCUGGCUCUGUAACCCGGCUCCCGGGGGGUCCUCGUCACUGCCUCCUUCCCAGGGACCAGCACCCCCGAGGGCUCCAGGGCCGUGAGGGCAAGAGGGGGGCCCUGCCACAGAGCUGCCCGGCUCUGGGGACACCCAGGUGGGAUUUGGCCGCGAGGCGCUGAGGACUUCAGCCAUCUCUUAGAAGUCAUGGGACCUCCUCCGUCGUUCAUCUUGCAAAGCAAAUCCUGUUUCUUGAAAAGCCUUGGAGAACUUGGUUUGGUGGACUCAGGCAUCUCUCUGGCUUCUGAAGAGCCUGCGGCUGGUGUGGACCGUUCCUGUCCCUUGUUAUGCUACGUCUCUGGAGUGAUGGUGUCCUUCCCCGCCCCACCCAGCAUGCUCAGUGCCUUUUGGUUUCACCUUCCCUCUAUUCGCCCCUUCCUCCCCCCAGUGUCAAUUUCACUUCCUCUUGGUUUUUAUCAAAUUUGCCAUGACAUUUCAUCUGGGUGGUGUGAAUAUUAAAGCUCUUCAUUUCUGGAGAUGGGCAGCAGGUGACUGACUCUUCUGCUGGGGCUGACUUGUCCGGAAGGGGACAGUCAAUGUGCAAUACAGAACCUUCUCUCCCUUGACACUCCCCGGUCCACCGCCAUCUCCAGGACCACCAGCAGGGCUCCCUGAGCUCUCAAGGAGAUGUUGCCAUCACUGGGAGGCCCGGAGGACCCUUCCUCUCCAUCCUCGGAGACAACUUUUUGGAGGAGCGGCUUGUCCAGAAGACAGGGUGUGAGUGAGACAGCCGGGGCACAGGUUGGGUUUGCCAAAUGCCUAAUUACCAGGCCAGGAAUAGUGCCAACAAGCCACAUAGGUGUCCUAGCCAGCUUCCCUUUACCUGGUAUCUUGAGCAGGACGUCUCCUAUAAUUACUGCCUCGCCAUCCUGCCCCUGGACCCUUCUCUCUAGACCAGGGAGGCGUCCCUCCCUAGGAACCACACAUCACUCCAAGUCCCUACUGGAUCUGCCCUCCCCCAGCCUGGCUCUCAGGGUGACGCCACCCACGGAGAUUUAAUGAGCGUGGGGCUGGCCCCUCCCCAGAUUGCUGCCAGGUGGCCCCUCCCCAAGCCUCAAAAGGCGCUUCUGUUGUGGAUGGAAAGGUAGGGGAGGAAAGAGGGAGGCAGAGUGGGAUUCGCCUCUCAGUGAGCUGCUGGGCCCUUUCUACCUGCUGUGGUCACCGGCUACCUGAUGGAGCGCUUUCUCUUUUACAUACUCUUUCCCCCAGAGUGCUCCUCGGGUCCAGCCAGCCAGCUGUGGACCAGUGGCCCGGAGCUGUUGUUAAUAAGGCUUGGGGCUUACCUGUCAUUCCUGGGGGGCUGCUGAAAUCAGACAUAAGAUGUGUUGCUUCCCACUGCAGGAGAGGUGCCCCCUUCCCCUGUGGGGCGGGGAGCAGGGAGGGGGUCCUCUGGCCUCCUGCAAAAGCACAGCUGAGUGGCCUCCCUGCCUCCCACCCCUCUGAGCCUUUUUCUCCCGAGGGCAUAGCUCUGGCUGAUCUUCUUGGAUUGGCCUCUGCUGGGCUAGCUGCUCUGGGGGAGACCCUGCUAUUGUGAUUCAGCUCUAGAGAUCAUUGUAUGAUAAUUUAAAAUUAGAUAGAUAUUAUUUAAAUCAAACCCAGUGGGGGUUAAAUUUCAAAGUUAGACACGAGAGAGAGAGAGAGAGAGAGAGAGAGAGAGCAAGCGCAGGAGCUGUAAGGCAUUCGCUCACUUGCCCCCCUCACACACCCCGGCCUCGAGCGCUGGUCCUUAUUUGCUGCCCAUACCCCCCUCCGAGCUCUAGAAGGGAGCGCGCAGAAUGGGGCAGCCAGAGGCUUAAAGUACACAGCCCGCUCUGACUGGAAGUGACGUGUGAAAGGCUAGGCCAUGCAGAGAGAGGAGAUUAAAAGAAAAAGGAUUUUGUCCAAAAAUAUUUUAAAAAUGUUAUUUCCCACAUUCUCUGGCUAUGAGGCUGCCCUCCCGGUUUCCCAGAGGUUCUGGGAGGGGCACUCCUUUUUAGACUAGGCAAUUGAGUUUCUGGCUUCAGAUUAAUCGAAGAAACAGAAGUCAGCCAGGAACAGCAGGAGGUGGGCAAAGAAAACCGGGGUGCGCUCAGUUCUGAAAGGCUUAAUCAUCUCAAGUGGUAUUUGUGGCCAGUUGGGAGCUCUUUGCUUCUUUUUGCAUGUGUGUGUGUGUGUGUGUGUGUGUGUGUAUAUAUGCAAUAUAUAUGUAUAUAUUUCUUAAAUGAAGCUGCUUUGGUGUUUUAUUUCUAAACGUCCCUUUGUGCCCCACUUUGCACAGCACUGAUCCCAAGGCAGGCCACAGUCUGUGACUCGGGGCCAGGCUGGACAUUCCUGAGACAGAGUUUGGCUUUAGUUCAGAUUUCAGGCUGUGUUGGCUUUGGGACCAGCAGAAGACAGAAACUCCACCACCCCGGAGGACUAUAGAGGCCUCUCAGCUGUCCCAUUCAGGACCCUCUGGCUUUGUUCCAGGAGGUGGUUUGGCUUUCCCAAAGCCAGAGGUUAUUUGGGGAAGGCCGAAUAUUCACCCCAAACUCAUGAGCACAUCCUGCUUGACUUCUUUUGGCUUGUUCUCUGAGUUCCUGCACACACACCAUUGUUCCAGAAUUACCAGCCACCAGGCCUUCUGCUUUCUCCUCCAUGGCUCCAGCUACAGGAAGAGCUGCAGUGGGGGUGCCUUCAUGCUUGGGUUGGGAACCGCUGUGCCUCCCCUGUGUCCCCAGCCAUGAGGCAGCUGGUGUGGACUCCAGCUGGGCUGCAGGCAGCUCUGGGACGGCACAGGGCAGGCACUCCUUGACAGGCUAGUGUGAACCACACCCUGUCCUCUCGGCCACCUGGCUGGCCUCUCUGGGAUCAGUCCUCUUCCUGGCUGAAUGGACGAGGACAGCUUUUGACACAGGAAAGAGAGGAGAGCCCAGGUGAAGCUCGGGCAAUGGCCGGAGCCAGCUGUAAGCGGAGAAUUCACGGGGGAAGUUUUCAGAAAGAAAUCAUUGUUCUGCCUGUGAGAAAGGCCAGGUGUUCCACUGUGGCCAGUCACACAAGCAUCUCAGCCAAGAGCCCUCAGAGGUUACUGCUUCCUUUUCUCAGGCUUUGGGGAAGAGAGUCUCCUCUCUGCUCCCACUUGGCUCUAAGUCUAAGGGAGGACUCAGUGCUACUUUUCUCCCCUUCCCUUGAUGGACCAACAGCGCUCCUGCAAUCUCACCAUUUACCUUUCCGGUUGGUCUCCUUCCUGAUCAGAUAUCACACGGCCCCUUUGAGAAGGAAAGGCAGAAGCCCCUACUGUGUGCCAGGCACUGUGUUAGGCACUUUUAUAAAUAUACCCUCUUUAGGAUGAGACUAAGGGAUGAGGGUAUCCCCUCUUCAAGGCCCCCACGUAAUGGAUAAACAAAAGCACUUGGAGGUGAGAAGGUCUUCCUUCAAAGAUCUGAGGCAAGAUUGCCUCCAGUCGAGGUUUGUUCUCAAAGGCCCAUCCCCCACAGUAUCCUCCCACCUCUAAACUUCUUUUCCCUCUCCCUCGUGAUGUGCUCCUUUGCACUCCUCAGAUGGUUGGAGGGGUAACCUGAGUCCUUAUAGAAUUUGUGGACCAAUAGGAUAUGUGAUGUGUGUAACUUUCUUUUUAAAACUUAAGUAAAGGGGUCUUGCUACUUUCUGCUUGUUGAGUCUUCUUGGCAUUCAUCUUAAAAGCCAGCAUCUCACUAUUUAUUGACAGGUUGGGUGUGUGUGUAUGUGCGUGUGUGUGUGUGUACAUUUCCAAGUGUGCCUCCUGCAACUUUUAAAAAGGAAACUCAGUCGUCCCACUACUAAUUUGACAUCUUCUCAUGCUUCUAGUGUUUUGGCCAUACGUCAACAGAGGGCUUUCAUUUUCCAAUGCUGAUGUGUUCAGGAAAGGCUGGGUCAAAUUUUGAGCAGGGGAUGGGAAGGGGAGGGGGAGAAGAAAUCGACAUUUAUUUUAUUAUUUAUUUAAAAUGUUUACAUCUUUGUGUUGUACCAAGCCUGAAGAGAAACAGCAUUAAAAUACUCAGUUCCUCUCUCCCUCUCUUUCUUCAUUUUUUUUUUUAAUUUAGGCUAAUGAUGCUUUUUUGUUUCUGAAAUGAUUUGUGACAUGUGUUGUAUAAACUGUAUAAAAAAGGUUCUGUUUUUAAAGAUGGAUGGUCAUUCCUCUGGGGACAGUGGUCACCGAGAAAGUCUACAUUGUAAGAAAAUACAAUGGAAGAUCCUGCCCUGUUCCUCAAAAAUUAUUUUCUCUGUAUGAUUAAAAGUUUAUUCCAUUUA